GACGAGUUCUGGGCGUGAGCUACAGGUAAGAGAGCAGAGGAUUACAACAUCACUCUUCCGCUGAACGGCUUGAUAUGCCGUGUCCCGUGCGAAAGUAUUUUUACCGUUUGCAGUACACAGCCAAAGUAAUUUCGGAUAGUGUCAGACAGUAAUUUAUUUUAGGGGACGUCUUGGAUACCUCUCAAACGAGGAUGAUGCAGCAGUAUCUUUGCAAGUGAAACCAUGAUACCACCGCCACCACCACCACCACCUAUUGCCCCACCUCCCCCUCCUCCUCCACCCCCUGGCCCCUUCGGUGGAAGCCCAUUUACCAGAGGGCCGACACGGGCCUCUAAAAUGCGUAAUUUUAAUUGGGAGGCCAUACCUAAGGACACUGUGCUUGGCAAACAUAACAUAUGGACGGCUGAGAAGAACAGUGAGUUUGAGUUGGACACCAAACGUAUGGAAGAGCUGUUCAGCCGCGAUGACCAGAAACAGGUCCAGGUCACAAACCGCCGCAGUGUACGCCAGUCCCCGAGCAAUGCUUCGGGACCCGAAAUGGUGACCAUCCUCAACUCCAAGAAGAACAUGAACAUUUGUAUCUUCCUCAAGCAGUUCAGAAGGUCAGUGAGUGGGAUGAUUGAUGACAUUAUCAACUGUAAAGGAGAAAGAUUUGGUACUGGGAAACUGAAGGAGUUGUGCAAACUACUGCCAGAGGAUGGAGAGGUGCGUCAGCUUCUUGAUUUCAAAGGAGACUGUUCAACUCUCUCUGAGGCAGAUCGGUUUAUGGUACAACUUGUCAAAGUUCCUUGCUAUGAAGAACGGUUGAACUGUUUAGUACUCAAAGAGGAAUUCCCACACUUUAUAGAUGAAGUGAAUCACUCUGUUGCAGUCAUGACCUCUGCUGGACAAGAGCUGUUGGAAUGUGCUGAUCUACAUUCAGUCAUUCGACUGGUCUUGAAGACAGGGAACUACAUGAACUCUGGAGGGUACGCUGGCAGCGCAGUGGGUUUCCGGAUAACAUCUCUUCUCAAACUAGCAGAUACCAAAGCAAACCAGCCUGGAAUGAACCUCAUGCACUAUGUUGCGCUGCAAGCUCAGAAGAUCGAUGCAUCGCUGCUGAGGUUCCCAGAGAAGCUACAGUACAUUGGAGAUGCAGCAAGGAUCCAUAAGCAGGAAAUCGAAACUGAUUUCCAAAAGGAAGUGAGUAAAGUCCAGGUGGCAAAGCAGAAUGCUAGUAAACAGCCAGAUCUGGAAGAACAGAUGAGGGAUUUUCUGCAGAAUGCAGACACCAGGUUAACGGAGACUGAGGCAGCCUUCAAAAACCUUUCUGCCGUGAGUGAUUCGGUGUCACAGUUUUUCUGUGAGGAUCCCACUCAGUUCAAACUAGAGGAGUGUUGCUCCAUUUUCUACUCUUUCUGUGAGAAGUUCAAACGAGCAGUUCAGGAGAAUCUUCAACGGGAAAUGGUAGAAGUGAAGCGCAGACAGCGAGAGCAUACUCAGAUUGCAGCCAAGCGACGUUCCACCGCCACCUGCUCCUUGCGAGACAAAAACAUGGAAGGAGUUGCACUGGAGUCCAUCCUACAUAGGGCUAGCAGUCGCCAAUCCCGCCGUAGAGCCGGCACCGGGUCACCCACGCAGGGGAAUCUUACUGAGACCACCAAACAGGAGAUCCACCCCGCUGACAACAGAGAUAUCAAGAGACACAGCUGCAUCAAAAGGGCCAUGCAAUCCCCCUUGAUCAAGGAGAGCAUUGAUAAGGAUGAGACACCCAUGCCCUCAGAGAUAACAAUCUCAAACCCGGUUCAGGAAAGUGCCGAAACCUCAAUCAAUAAACUUGUCUCUGUAUUCACAGUGGAGGAGGAGGAAGUUGUGCAGACAGAGAAAGAGGUGCAAAAUAUAAGAGAGGUGUCACGGAAAGUUUUACAAUACCAGUCCAGUCGAAGUAGCAUUUCAUCCGGUGAGGCCCUGUCACCGAUCCUUUCUCCCAGGCAGACGUUCUUCCAGGAAGACAGAAGACUGCUGAUCAUGACCAUAGAAGAAAAUACCUCUAAAUCCAGCUCUCUGUUGCAGAAUGGCCAGAUCAUCAAUCGCCGGCACACAAUCGCGCUUCUCGAGGCCAGUUGUGAAAAUACCAGCCAAGAGGAACUAUUCGUGCCUAGUAAUGUAAACCCAUCUCCGGCUCCCUCUAUAGGUGUUAUUGGAAAAGGGAAAUCUGUGGAUUGCGGUAUGAUUGCCACACUCCAAAACUCCACAAAGACUGUUAAAGAUUCAGACACUAAGCCACUUUAUUUUCUAGAGGAAUCACAAUCUGUUGACUCAUCACAAUCACAAUCAGCCGAGCCAGAGGUGAAGACAGAAGAGAAGUUUAGUACUGGGAAGAGAAAUAGCCAAACAAUAUCAUUUAAAAGCACUAAAGAGGGCUUCAGCUUUAUGUCUUUAUUUAAGCGUUGGCGUGAAAAAGACAAAUCAAAUUAGCUUGAUUUGGACAGUGUGGACCCAUGACCUUAAAACAAAAACAUGUUUUUUAUUUAUUCAGUUUAGUUUUCGGCUAGAUUUCGUUCCGCGUUGAUGGAAAACAAGCUUGGUGCUUUGUCACUGUUUGCUUGUUAAAACAGUGAAUGGACAUUUAUUUCCAUGUCUACUAUAAAAGGAGGACAAAGAAUAAUGCACACAGCAUCCUAAAAACAUAAUGAUUUCAUAAACCUUGUUGAAAUCAAUUGAAAACUAGACAUUUUACAUGCAGUGCUCUUUUUUCAACACAAGGGGGCAGUUCAAGACAUUUUUUCAUGCUGAAACAGCUCCUGUAUCUGCAAAAAAUUGACCAUUUGCAAUGCCAAAAAUGCCAUUAUCCUCAGUUUAGAUUAUAGACCAGGGGUAGGCAAGUUCAGUCCAAGUGAGCCACAGUCCUGCAGAGUUCAGCUCCAACUCUGAGAAAAGCCUGUAGCCUGAAGACACUGAUGAGCUUGUUCAGGUGGGUUUGAUGAGGGUUAAAGCUGAACUCUGCAGGACUGCGGCUCUCUAGGACCGAACUUGCCUACCCCUGUUAUAGACUGAACAAUCAAUAUAGCUGGUAAACCUGGUAGUUAUUCACCAAUUCACCACAUAAACCACAAACUGUCCCAAAAUUGUUUUUCUUUGAAAAUAUGCCCUGAGUACACAAUCAGACUUCCCGAUGAUCAAUUUAAAGUUUUAUUAUUAGUAGUAGUACUACUAGUAUUCUACUGACCUGAUAACUUAGCUUGUACUACAUCAUGUUUCUGAAAAUUGUCUCUGAAUGGUCAUUGCAGUCUGAAAUUCUCCUUCUUAUGACAGAUCAGUCCAAAGAUCAAAGAAAUCGUCUAAAUGAUGAAAUUGGAAUUAGAGAGUUUCAUGUAAUUUGUGGUUUUCAAUGCUCUAAAAAUUAUAUAAAGUCUUUUAUUUGAGUCAUUGCUAAUAAAACCCCUGCAUUUGAUUUUUUUAGUAAGAUUUCAGGAAAAUAUAGAGACCAUGUUCGAGUUAGGAUUCAAUCAUACACUAAGAUGCUUAGAUGCAUUUUAACAUGGUUUCCUGUGUUUAGGCCAGCUAUAUUUAUCUGUGUGUGUGUGUGUGUGACCACAACAAGAGGCUUGUUGAUGCAGUUAUACAUGGUCGAAAAUGUUUUUGCUGAGCUUACUAAUAAGAAGCCUUAAUAAAGACAUUGAGACUUAGUUAGGGAGAAUAGAUAAUGUCACAGGGUCCCCAUAGUCUAGGUCUGCAUUAGGUGGUCUAAUAAGUGUCUUCUCCACAGCCUGAGACUCUGUGGGGGUGGAGUUUUGGGGGAGGGGUGUUUGGCUGAUUGUGUGAGUGAAUCAUCAUCAGUCUCAAAGAACUGAGAAUAAAGGGUCAAGCGCCGAUUGAAUGUCACAACAUGCUAUGGUUAUAGUCCAGCUGAUCCUGAAAAUGGCUCUUUGGAAUGUCUAGGACAGGUUUUGGUGGCUUUAAACUGUGUAAUACGUGUGAUUUCAUGCUGUUACAGUACAUGUCUAAAUGCUGGAUGCUGUUUAUUGCAGAUGCUUGAAUUGUUUAGAGAUGUAUUUAAUUUCUUUAAAUAAUAUAAAUUGAACAGUUUGUAAAUUUAAUAACAGAAAUGUUGGAAUGAUAGGUCUUUAUUUCAAUAUAAAA